UUCGCGAUUCCACUUAUAAAAGCCCUUCAAAACCCUAGCCUCAUUUUUGUCAACAUAUACUCCCCCAGCAGCAGCGGCAGCAGCGACUAGGAGCUCCACCAGACUUUAGCAGCAAUGGGGAUCGAUCUGAAAGCAGGAGGUAAGAGCAAGAAGACCAAGCGGACAGCCCCCAAAUCCGAUGAUAUCUACCUCAAGCUUCUCGUCAAGCUCUACCGCUUUCUGGUAAGGAGAACCGGAAGUAAGUUCAACGCGGUGAUCUUGAAGAGGCUCUUCAUGAGCAAAGUGAACAAACCCCCACUUUCUCUGUCUAGGCUUAUCACCUUCAUGAAAGGAAAGGAGAAUAAGAUUGCAGUGGUUGUUGGGACAGUGACUGACGAUAUCAGGGUUUAUGAGGUUCCAGCAUUGAAGGUUACUGCUUUGAGGUUUACAGAGACAGCCAGAGCUAGGAUUGAGAAGGCUGGCGGAGAGUGCCUGACAUUUGACCAGCUUGCUUUGAGAGCUCCUUUGGGACAGAACACGGUUCUCCUUAGAGGUCCAAAGAAUGCUCGUGAAGCUGUGAAACAUUUUGGCCCAGCUCCUGGUGUGCCACACAGCCAUACCAAACCAUAUGUACGAUCAAAGGGAAGGAAGUAUGAGAGAGCUAGAGGAAGGAGGAACAGCAGGGGAUUUAGGGUUUGAGUCGUUUUUAAUCCUAAAUUGUGAGACAGUUGUUUUAUUUCUGACUAUUGUGUCCAAAUUUUGUUAGACUUUAGUUUCCUCUGGAACUUGCUUGUUUUAUUUCCCUUUGAAUUAUCAGUUACCAGCAUGAAUUGUUUUACGCUUGGCAAUCAUACUUAACUUUCACA